ACUUCUUGUUAAUGGCAUCGUAACUUUGUAAAAGUAAAAUCAUGAACUCUGGUGGUGGGGUGGGAAGGUAUCAGUCUAGUUUCCAUUCUUUUCUCUUCCAGGGUCAGAAAACUUGGAUAGAGAAAACCUUCUGCAAACGGGAAUGUAUUUUUGUAAUUCCCAGCACGAAGGAUCCUAACAGGUGUUGCUGUGGCCAGCUCAUCAACCAGCAUAUUCCCCCUCUGCCAAGUGUAACACUCAGCAAAAAUGGAGAGGAGAACAAACAGGUGGAGACGCAGCCAGAAAAAUGGUCUGUCGGCAAACAUACCCAGAGCUAUCCAACAGAUACCUAUGGAAUUCUUGAAUUCCAGGGUGGGGGAUAUUCCAAUAAAGCAAUGUAUAUUCGUGUAUCCUAUGACACCAAGCCAGACUCCCUGCUUCAUCUCAUGGUGAAAGACUGGCAGCUGGAACUCCCCAAGCUCUUAAUAUCGGUACAUGGAGGUCUCCAGAACUUUGAGAUGCAGGCCAAGCUGAAGCAGGUGUUUGGGAAAGGUCUGAUCAAGGCCGCCAUGACCACAGGCGCCUGGAUCUUCACAGGAGGCAUCAGCACCGGUGUCGUCAGCCACGUGGGGGAGGCCUUGAAGGACCAGUCCUCCAAGUCCAGAGGCCGAGUCUGCACUAUAGGAAUUGCUCCAUGGGGCAUGGUGGAAAACAAGGAAGACCUCAUUGGCAAGGAUGUAACAAGAGUGUACCAGACCAUGUCCAACCCUCUGAGUAAGCUCUCUGUGCUCAACAACUCCCACACACACUUCAUCUUAGCCGACAAUGGCACCCUGGGCAAGUAUGGCGCCGAGGUGAAGCUGCGAAGACAGCUGGAAAAGCACAUCUCUCUGCAGAAGAUCAACACAAGACUGGGACAGGGCGUGCCUGUCGUGGGGCUUGUGGUGGAAGGGGGCCCUAACGUGAUGUCUGUGGUCUUGGAAUACCUCCGGGAAGAUCCGCCUGUCCCCGUGGUGGUUUGCGAUGGCAGCGGACGAGCUUCGGAUAUUCUAUCCUUUGCACACAAGUACUGUGAAGAAGGAGGGAUAAUAAAUGAGUCCCUCCAGGAUCAGCUUCUAGUAACCAUUCAGAAAACGUUUAAUUACAGCAAGACACAAUCACAUCAGAUGUUUGCAAUUAUAAUGGAGUGCAUGAAGAAGAAAGAACUUGUCACCAUAUUUAGAAUGGGUUCUGAGAGUCAGCAAGAUGUUGAGAUGGCAAUUUUAACAGCCCUGCUGAAAGGAACCAAUGCAUCUGCUCCGGAUCAGCUGAGCUUGGCACUGGCUUGGAACCGCGUUGACAUUGCACGAAGCCAGAUCUUUGUCUUUGGGCCCCACUGGCCGCCUCUGGGAAGCCUGGUCCCUCCUGUGGAUAACAAAGUCACAGAGAAGGGGAUGAAGCCACCCACAGCCACCACCAAGGGGAGAGGAAAGGGGAAAGCCAAGAAGAAAGGGAAAGCGAAAGAGGAAGUGGAGGAAGAAACUGACCCACGGAAGCUGGAGCUGCUAAACUGGGUAAAUGCUUUGGAGCAAGCAAUGCUGGAUGCUUUAGUCCUAGAUCGAGUCGACUUUGUGAAGCUCCUCAUUGAAAAUGGAGUGAACAUGCAAUACUUUCUUACCAUCCCAAGGCUAGAGGAGCUUUACAACACAAGACUCGGUCCACCAAACACGCUUCAUCUGCUGGUGAGGGAUGUAAAAAAGAGCAACCUUCCACCUGAUUACCACAUCAGCCUCAUAGACAUAGGACUCGUGCUGGAAUACCUCAUGGGGGGAGCCUACCGCUGCAACUACACCCGGAAAAGCUUUCGGACCCUUUACAACAACUUGUUUGGACCUAAGAGGCCCAAAGCUCUUAAACUUCUAGGAAUGGAAGAUGAUGAGCCUCCAGCCAAAGGGAAGAAAAAGAAAAAGAAGAAAAAGGAGGAAGAGACUGACAUUGAUGUGGAUGACCCCGCCGUGAGCCGAUUCCAGUAUCCCUUUCAUGAGCUGAUGGUAUGGGCCGUGCUGAUGAAACGCCAGAAAAUGGCCAUCUUCCUGUGGCAGCGUGGGGAGGAGCGCUUGGCCAAGGCCUUGGUGGCCUGCAAGCUCUAUAAGGCCAUGGCCCACGAGUCCUCCGAGAGCGAGCUGGUGGAUGACAUCUCCCAGGAUCUGGACAACAAUUCCAAAGACUUUGGCCAGCUUGCUGUGGAGCUGCUAGACCAGUCCUAUAAGCACGAUGAGCAGAUAGCCAUGAAACUGCUGACCUAUGAGCUAAAAAAUUGGAGUAACUCCACUUGCCUCAAACUGGCCGUGGCAGCCAAACAUCGGGACUUCAUCGCUCACACAUGCAGCCAGAUGCUACUGACAGACAUGUGGAUGGGAAGGCUUCGAAUGAGGAAAAACCCCGGCCUGAAGGUUAUCAUGGGGAUUCUUCUUCCUCCCACCAUCUUGUUUUUGGAAUUUCGCACAUAUGAUGAUUUCUCAUACCAAACAUCAAAGGAAAAUGAAGAUGGCAAAGACAAAGAAGAUGAAAAUAUGGAUGCAAAUGCAGAUGCCAGCUCAAGAAAGGGGGAUGAGGAGAAUGAGCACAAAAAGCAAAAAAGUAUUCCCAUUGGAACAAAGAUCUGUGAAUUCUAUAAUGCGCCCAUUGUCAAGUUCUGGUUUUACACAAUAUCAUACCUGGGCUACCUCCUGCUAUUUAACUAUGUCAUCCUGGUGCAGAUGGAUGGCUGGCCCUCUCCCCAGGAGUGGAUUGUCAUCUCCUACAUUGUGAGCCUGGCGCUAGAGAAAAUACGUGAGAUCCUCAUGUCAGAACCAGGCAAACUCAGCCAGAAAAUAAAAGUUUGGCUUCAGGAGUAUUGGAACAUCACCGAUCUCGUGGCCAUUUCCAUGUUCAUGGUUGGCGCAAUCCUUCGCCUACAGAACCAGCCGUACAUGGGCUAUGGCCGGGUUAUCUAUUGCGUGGACAUUAUCCUCUGGUACAUCCGUGUCUUGGACAUCUUUGGUGUCAACAAGUACCUGGGACCCUAUGUGAUGAUGAUUGGAAAGAUGAUGAUCGACAUGCUGUACUUCGUGGUCAUCAUGCUAGUUGUGCUGAUGAGUUUCGGAGUAGCCCGUCAGGCCAUUUUACACCCAGAGGAGAAGCCUUCCUGGAAACUGGCCCGGAACAUUUUCUACAUGCCCUACUGGAUGAUCUACGGAGAGGUGUUUGCAGACCAGAUAGACCUGUACGCCAUGGAAAUUAAUCCCCCUUGUGGUGAAAAUCUCUACGAUGAGGACGGCAAGCGGCUCCCCCCCUGCAUCCCUGGUGCCUGGCUCACACCUGCUCUCAUGGCCUGUUAUCUAUUAGUAGCCAACAUCCUGCUGGUCAACCUGCUGAUCGCUGUUUUCAACAACACAUUCUUUGAAGUAAAGUCAAUAUCCAACCAAGUGUGGAAGUUCCAGCGAUAUCAACUGAUCAUGACGUUUCAUGACAGGCCUGUCCUGCCCCCUCCGAUGAUCAUUCUAAGCCAUAUCUAUAUAAUCAUUAUGCGUCUCAGCAGUCGCUUCAGGGCAAAAAGACAAGGAGACCACGAAGAACGGGAUCGUGGAUUGAAGUUGUUCCUCAGCGAGGAGGAGCUGCAGAGGCUGCAUGAGUUCGAGGAGCAGUGUGUGCAGGAGCACUUCCGUGGGAAGGAGGACGAGCAGCAGUCGUCCAGCAACGAGCGCAUCCGGGUCACUUGCGAGAGAGUUGAAAAUAUGUCAAUGAGGUUGGAAGAAAUCAAUGAAAGAGAAAAUUUCAUGAAAACUUCCCUGCAGACUGUUGAUCUUCGACUUUCUCAACUUGAAGAAUUAUCUAGCAGAAUGGUGAAUGCUCUUGAAAACCUUGCAGGAAUUGACAGGUCUGAUCUGAUACAGACCAGGUCCAGAGCUUCAUCCGAAUGUGAGGCAACUGUUCUUCUCCGGCAAAGCAGCAUCAACAGUGCUGAUGGCUACAGCAUGUAUCGGUAUCAUUUUAACGGGGAAGAGUUACUGUUGGAGGAUACGUCUCUCCCCAUGCCCCCAGGGACAGGAUUCUGGAAAAGAGCCUGCUCCUUCCGGGUGAAGGAAGAGAAGGAGAAGGGUGCAAAAAUACAUCUAGCCCCAGAAUGUCAAAGCAGCCUUCACUUCUCAUCCAGUCCCAGCCCGCCCCCAACGCCAGACUGCAGUCGACUUGCGGUGGAAGACUCCAAGAACACUUCAGAGCCCAAAUUAGGUCCAGAUAUUGGGCUUUCAGUGGAAGAAGAUGAAAGGCAGGCCGACUCUAAAAGAGAAGGAAUUAGUUUCUCAAGUUUAAAUCCAACAGAUGUUAUGCCUGGACAGAACAAAUCAGAUUUUCCAAACACUCAGCUAGAGGUGGAAACAACAAAGAUAGAAGACACUAUUUCCUAUCCCCUGGGAGAAACCAAAAUUAAACACUAUUACCCCGAUGAAAAGGUCAAUACUUAUAAAUCAGUGAAGUCCAGAAGCUUUGUGUACUCUGAGGGAAGAAGGCUGGUAGGCGGGCUUAACAACUGGGCUGCAGAGUAUGGUUCAAUCAUGGACCAAGGCUGCCCCUCCACAGUUCAGCAAUGGACAACAGAGUGGAAAUACCAAGUUCAGAAGAUCACGCGGUCUCGCAGCACAGAAAUCCCCUGCACCAUGUCAGAAGCUGUAGUGGAAGCUGAGCGUAAAGAGCACUCCACAGACACGGAAGAUGACAAUCACAUUUCUCCAAGGGUCUCCCAAAUCUCUCGUUUGUCUCUCACAGUUACUGACAGAACCGAAAAAGGAAACUUACUGUCGGUGAAACCCGACCAAACUUUGGGAUUCCCAUCUCUAAGAUCAAGAAGCUUACACAGCCAUCCAAGGAACGUUAGAUCUGUUCAGGGCAAAUUAGACAGAUCAGGACAUUCCAGCAGUGUAAGUAACUUAGUAGCUGUGUCUGCAAUUGCAACAGAAGAACAAAAGGUUAAGCAGGAGAAAACUUCCACAGAAACUGAUUGCUGA